GCGCGUUCUACGGCUCGGCCAGCGCGAGGAACCCCCUCGCCGUAUAAAUAGGGCCGUCGAGGGCUUUAUUAUUUUAGCAUCCCGGGCAGCAGGUUUCUGCUAAGUUUGGAGUUACUCGCCACCACGACUGUAUGCCUGCGUCCCUAAAGUUCUAGCUCACCACCGACCCGGGGACUCUGAAACACAAGGAGUCUGCAUGUCUAGACAGUAGACAUGCUCAGCUUUGUGGAUACACGGAUUUUGUUGCUGCUUGCAGUAACUUCAUGCCUAGCAACCAGUCAAUAUGUAAAUGAGGAAACGGAAGGACGGAGGGGGCCCAGAGGAGAAAAAGGGCCACGAGGAGAUAGGGGUCCAGCAGGUCCACCAGGCAGAGAUGGUGAAGAUGGUCCACCAGGGCCCCCAGGCCCCCCUGGUCCUCCUGGUCUUGGCGGAAACUUUGCUGCUCAAUAUGACAUGUCCAAAGCAGCGGAUCCUGGCCCCGGACCCAUGGGUAUAAUGGGACCCAGAGGCCCUCCUGGAGUAACUGGACCCCCUGGCUCUCCAGGCCACGCGGGACAUGCUGGUGAACCCGGUGAACCUGGUCAAACAGGUCCCCAAGGUGCUCGUGGUCCAAUGGGUCCCCCUGGAAAACCUGGUGAAGAUGGUCAUCCUGGAAAACCUGGACGACCUGGUGAGAGGGGUGUUCCUGGACCUCAGGGUACUCGUGGCUUUCCUGGAACUGCUGGUCUGCCUGGUUUCAAAGGAAUGAGGGGACACAACGGUUUGGAUGGUCGGAAAGGAGAACCUGGUGCUCCCGGUAACAAGGGCGAACCUGGUGCCCCUGGUGAAAAUGGUACUCCCGGACAACCUGGUGCUCGUGGUCUCCCUGGUGAAAGGGGAAGAGUCGGCGCUCCUGGCGCAGUUGGGGCUCGUGGCAGUGAUGGAAGCAAUGGUCCCACUGGUCCCGCUGGUCCCAUGGGUGCUGCUGGAGCUCCAGGAUUCUCAGGUGCUCCCGGAGCCAAGGGUGAAGUUGGUUCUGCUGGCAACACGGGUCCCUCUGGUCCUGCUGGCCCUCGUGGUGAGGUUGGACUCCCUGGUGCUUCCGGUCCUGUUGGCCCUCCAGGUAACCCUGGUAACAACGGCAUUAAUGGUGCUAAAGGCGCAGCUGGUCUUCCCGGUCCAGCUGGUGCUCCUGGCCUGCCUGGUCCCCGUGGUAUGAUUGGCGCUGCUGGCUCCGCUGGUGCUGCUGGAGCUAGAGGACUUGUUGGUGAACCCGGCCCCGCUGGAUCCAAGGGAGAGACCGGUAACAAGGGAGAGCCUGGUGCUUCCGGCCCUGCUGGCCCUGCUGGACCAAGUGGUGAAGAAGGCAAGAGGGGUUCCAACGGCGAGCCUGGCUCGACUGGGGCACCUGGAUCUGCAGGUUUAAGAGGUGUUCCUGGAUCUCGUGGUCUCCCUGGAGCUGAUGGCAGAGCUGGUGUGAUGGGAGCUGUUGGUAAUCGUGGUGCUACUGGUGCUGCUGGUGCUAAAGGUCCCAAUGGUGAUUCUGGACGCCCCGGUGAACCUGGUCUCAUGGGUGCAAGAGGUCUCCCUGGUCAAUCUGGAAGCCCAGGCCCUGCUGGCAAAGAAGGUCUUCCUGGUCUGGCUGGUGCUGAUGGUAGACCUGGCCCAACUGGUCCCGCUGGUCCAAGAGGUGAACCUGGCAUCAUUGGAUUCCCAGGACCUAAAGGUCCCAAUGGUGAGCCUGGCAAACCUGGUGACAGAGGCCAUGUUGGUGUUGCUGGCCAACGGGGUGCUCCUGGUCCCGAGGGAAAUAACGGUGCUCAAGGUCCAAUUGGUGUUGUUGGCAACCCUGGUGCUAAAGGUGAAACUGGCCCAGCUGGUGCUCCUGGCUUCCAAGGUCUUCCAGGUCCCUCAGGCCCAGUUGGUGAAGCUGGCAAACCAGGCGAAAGGGGUCUUCAUGGUGAUUUCGGUCCUGCUGGUCCUGCUGGUCCAAGAGGUGAGCGUGGUCUUCCAGGUCAAAGUGGUGCUGUAGGUCCUGUAGGCUCCAUUGGAAGCCGUGGCCCAUCCGGCCCACCAGGAACUGAUGGUAACAAGGGCGAACCUGGUACCGCUGGUACUGCUGGUACCCCAGGCCCAGCUGGUCCCAGUGGAAUGCCUGGCGAGAGAGGUAUUGCUGGCGUCCCAGGAGGCAAAGGCGAAAAGGGUCCAACAGGCUUCAGAGGAGAAGCCGGAACUUCAGGAAGAGAUGGUUCACGGGGUAUUCCUGGUGCAGUUGGUGCUCCUGGCCCUGCUGGAAGUACUGGCGAAAGAGGCGAAGCCGGUUCCGCUGGCCCCGCUGGCCCCGCUGGUCCUCGUGGAAGUUCUGGCGAACGUGGUGAGGUUGGCCCUGCUGGUCCUCCUGGAUUUGCCGGCCCUCCUGGUGCAGCUGGUCAGACCGGUGCUAAAGGUGAAAGAGGCCAGAGAGGACCUAAAGGAGAACAAGGCCCACAAGGUGCUGUCGGGUCUGUUGGCAACUCUGGCCCCUCUGGUCCCGUUGGCCCUGCUGGUCCCACUGGUGGUCGUGGUGAUUCUGGUCCACCUGGUGUCACUGGUUUCCCUGGUGCUGCUGGAAGAUCCGGACCCCCUGGCCCCGCUGGCAUCACUGGUCCCCCUGGCCCUCCUGGCCCAGCUGGCAAAGAAGGUAUCCGAGGCCAACGUGGUGACACUGGUCCAGUUGGCCGUGCUGGUGAACCUGGUAUUGUUGGGCCACCUGGAUUCAGUGGAGAGAAAGGUCCAAGUGGAGAAAGUGGUGCUGCUGGUGCCCCUGGUUCCCCUGGUCCUCAAGGUCUUCUUGGAGCUCCUGGUAUCCUUGGUAUUCCUGGCAGCAGAGGAGAACGUGGUCUCCCAGGCAUUGCUGGAUCACUUGGUGAGCCUGGUCCCCUUGGUAUUGCUGGUCCCCCAGGUGCCCGCGGCCCAUCCGGUCCCGUGGGUUCCCCUGGUGUGAAUGGUGCCCAGGGCGAAGCUGGACGUGAUGGGAAUCCAGGUAACGAUGGUCCUCCAGGCCGUGAUGGUACUCCUGGUUACAAGGGUGAACGUGGCGCUCCUGGCAACCCUGGUCCCUCUGGUGCUCUUGGUGCCCCUGGCCCCCAUGGCUCUGUUGGCCCUGCUGGCAAACCUGGAAAUCGUGGCGAACCUGGUCCUGUUGGAAUUGCUGGUCCUGCUGGUCCUGCUGGUGCAAGAGGUCUUGCUGGCCCAGCAGGUCCACGUGGCGAGAAGGGUGGUCCUGGUGACAAGGGACCCAGAGGCGCUCCUGGCUUCAAGGGACACAAUGGACUCCAGGGUCUGCCCGGCAUUGCUGGUCAUCAUGGAGACCAAGGUUCACCUGGUGCUACUGGACCUGCUGGCCCAAGGGGCCCUUCAGGUCCUUCUGGUCCUCCUGGCAAAGAUGGCCGCAACGGUCUUCCUGGACCUGUUGGACCUGCUGGUGUGCGUGGCUCUCAGGGUAGCCAAGGACCUUCUGGUCCACCAGGCCCACCUGGCCACCCUGGCCCACCUGGUCCCAAUGGCGGUGGAUACGAAAUUGGCUAUGAUGCAGAAUACUACCGGGCAGAUCAGCCAUCUCUUAGACCCAAGGACUAUGAAGUUGAUGCCACCCUGAAAACAUUGAACAACCAAAUCGAGACCCUCCUGACCCCAGAAGGCUCCAGGAAGAACCCAGCCCGCACCUGCCGUGACCUAAGACUCAGCCACCCAGAAUGGACCAGUGGCUUCUACUGGAUCGAUCCUAACCAAGGCUGCACCAUGGAUGCCAUUAGAGUUUAUUGUGACUUCUCCACUGGUGAGACUUGCAUCCAUGCCAAUCCAGAAAGCUUCCCAGCUAAGAACUGGUACACCAGCAAGAACACUGCCGAAAAGAAACACGUUUGGUUUGGAGAAAUGAUGAAUGGUGGUACUCAGUUUGAGUACAACGAGGAAGGUGUAACCACCAAGGACAUGGCCACCCAACUUGCCUUCAUGCGACUACUGGCUAACCAUGCUUCCCAGAACAUCACUUACCACUGCAAGAACAGCAUCGCUUACAUGGAUGCAGAAACAGGCAGCCUGAAGAGCGCUCUGUUAGUGCAGGGAUCCAACGAUGUCGAACUCCGAGCUGAAGGCAACGGCAGGUUCAUGUACAAUGUUCUUGAAGACGGCUGCUCUAGAAAGACGAACAAAUGGGGCUCAACAAUUAUUGAAUACAGAACAAACAAGCCAUCUCGCUUGCCCAUCCUUGACAUUGCACCUUUGGACAUUGGUGGCCCUGAUCAAGAAUUCAGUAUCGACAUUGGCCCAGUCUGUUUCAAAUGAAUGAACUAAAACUAACUUAAAACAAAACCAAAAAAAAAAAGUAUUCUCUCUUUGCCAUUUCUUCUUUUAUACUGAAAGCUGACUCCUUCCAUUUCUUCAGUUCAUCUACUAGCUUAAAAUCUGGGCGAAAGAGGAGAAGGAUUUGUUGGAACGUUGUGCAAUGCAAUUUAAUACAGCCCCAAAAAGGAAUCAGAAGGUGUUUUUUUCCCAAGAUUUUGUCACCUUGUUGUGGAAAAUGUCAGCCUUUGUGUAAAAAAAACAAAACCAAAAAAACAAAAACCAAAUAAAAAAAUCCUGAAAGUCUGCACCACUUGUGGCCUUUGACUAUCUUCCACAGAGGAAGUUUAAAACCACAACUUCCAAAGGUUUGAACUACCUCAUACACUUCCAAGCCAAGUGUGAUCCACAUUCUUAUACAUAUGAUCUGAGGUGCUUUUGGUCCCGUGCGUAAGUGAAAGGUGCUGAUUCAGUCUUAUAGAGUAUAUAACCAAUACUUGAACUUUAAUGGUGCUAGAGUCAUUUGGAUAAGAAAAGAAAAGAAAAAACACACCACUUUUCUGUAUUAAGUUGUAUUGUUUCUUUGGAAUCUGUCUCGGAAUAAAGUCAGACUGUCCCAUCUCACCCCCAGACUAAGCAUGUGGCUCAUUUCUCUCCCACAUCAGGUGUCCGUUCUUUUAAAUCUCAUUUUCAUCCUCUACAAUGGGCAGAAAAGGAAUCAUCAUUUCUCAAAAACAAAUUGUACCUAUUUUGUAUAUGUGAGAUGUUUAAAUAAAUUGUGAAAAAAAUUGAAAUAAAGCAUGUCCACUGUUCCAAAAGAAACCA